UGUUUGGGUGUGUGUAUCCAUAUCUUAGGAUGGUCUGUAUUGUCUGUAUGUUAAAGAUUAUACACACACACACCCACUCGAGUCACAACGCAAAAAUGUCCUGAUGGGAGUUCAGCAGGUUCUGCCCCCUUGAUGAUAUGAAGUGUUUGCAUAUAAAAAGGAACUGGAGGUGAGGAGCUCUGUGGAUCUGCGUUCCAGCACACAGUGUGUUCACGCCUCUAACUCUGCUGAUGCCGCACAGCUCUGCAAGGUUCUGAAACACAGCAUUUCUUUUGUGUUUUCUUUUCCUGCUUUCAGGAUCUGUGGUUUCGUCUGAAGUCUCAAAAUGUACGGACACAACCAAGGAAACCAGUGCCCUCCUGGUUACCCACACUAUCCUCAGCAGACCCCAGGAGGAUACCCUCACUGUCCUCCAGGCACCGUCCCACCACCAACCUGCCCGCCUCAGCCCUACGGUCCACCUGGAGGCCACCACGGACACGGGCCUGGACCUGGUUGUGGCCACGGACAUGGACACGGGCCUGGACCUGGUUGUGGCCACGGACACGGACACGGACAUGGACAUGGACACGGACACGGACAUGGACACGGACACGGACAUGGACAUGGACAUGGGCACAAGCACAAGCACAAGCAUGGUCACAAGCAUGGCCACUGUCACAAGAAAGGGAAGGACUGUCACGGGUCCUCCAGCAGCUCCUGCAGCAGCGACUCCGACUAGAUGAAGAUUCCUGGACGGGAAGAGUUGGUAUCUGGAAACCUUCAUCCUCCUGCAAUAUAUUACAAUCAAUAUUUUACUUCCAAAAUGUUUCUUCACGUAUAAUCUUUAAAAUGUACUUGCAUGUGCAUUUUUACAAAAUAAAUUAUUAUAUAGACAUUAUUGUAUCAAUGAUUGUGUUCAUGAGAAAAAAAUAAAAGUGUAUUAAAUGUUAGUGAAU